GUCGGGACGUCUUUUCCACAACCGCUUCGCUCGUACAUCAACAGCAUCGGAGCGGAGCCUCGUCCUCUGCUGAGACAACUUUACUUUAAAGCGUUAUAAAGCUUCAAUUCGCCCCGGAGAAGGGGUUAUAACGGCUUUAUAUCACCACGGGGGAACUUUAGUAACGCGAUAAGAGCUGAAGACGCGCUGGUUUCUGAAUAAUGACGCAGAACAUGGAUGUGUGUGUUCAGUAAACUGAGUUAGAGCUGGACUUACUCUACAGGACUGAGAGACAGACAGAGAGACAGACAGACAGACAGACAGACAGCUGCGAUGGGGAAACAUCUGGAUUAUUAUCUUUAUUUCAUUUUAACUCUAUUCUCCGUGUGUCCUGUAACUCCCUUUAACCUGGACAUCGAUAAUCCGUCGGUUUUUUCCGGACCUCAGGGCAGUUACUUCGGCUUCUCUGUGGAUUUCUUCAGUCCCUCUGAUAAACUGCAGAACAUCCUGGUGGGCGCUCCUAAGGCCAACACCUCCUCCUCAUCCUCGGUGACGGAGCGAGGAGCCGUGUACGGGUGUCCGUGGCAGUCGGGAGGGACGUGUAAGCAGAUAGACUUCGAUAACAGCGACAACCGUGUGGAGAACGGUCAGCAGAUGGAGUUUAAGUCCAGUCAGUGGUUCGGAGCUACAGUUCGCUCAGACGGGGAACACAUCCUGGCGUGUGCACCUCUGUACCAGUGGAGUACGUACGGCUUUAAGGAACGUGAACCUGUCGGGACAUGUUAUCUGAAGAAAGGCUCCACAGUGGUGGAAUAUUCUCCCUGUCGCUCUGGUUCAGCCACGCCUGAAGGACAGGGGUUUUGCCAGGCCGGCUUCAGCGCUGAUAUAGUGAAGAGUAAGCGUGUGGUGGUCGGAGGUCCGGGCAGUUUUUACUGGCAGGGGCAGUUGAUCUCAGAUGAUAUCUCGGAGGUUCUGAGCAGAAUCACUAAAGAGUUGACCAUCAAGUACAGCAACCAGAUGGCCACCAGAUCGGCCAGUGCCCAGUAUGAUGACAGCUACCUGGGUUACUCAGUGGCAGUUGGAGAUUUUAAUAAUGAUGGAGUGGACGAUUACGUCACCGGCGUUCCACGAGGAGAGAAAGCUCUGGGCUACGUCAACAUCUUCAACGGCAAGAACAUGGCCUCCACUGUAAACUUCACUGGACUGCAGAUGGCGGCGUAUUUCGGGAACGCAGUCGCUGCUACAGACAUCAACAACGACGGGAAGAUGGACCUGCUGGUUGGAGCUCCUCUGUUUAUGGAGCGUGGUUCUGAUGGGAAGCUGCGUGAGGUGGGGCAGGUGUACAUUUACCUGUCGAACGGCGGCUUCACCUUCCAGCCUCCUCUCAAGCUGACCGGCUCUGAGAUCUACUCUCGCUUCGGUAGCUCCGUCACCAGCCUGGGAGACCUGGACCGGGACGGCUUCAAUGAUGUGGCGGUGUCUGCUCCGUAUGGCGGUUCCUCUCGGCAGGGUUUGGUGUACAUCUAUAACGGGCGAGCGGGUGGGCUGGACUCUCAGCCCUCUCAGGUCCUGGAGGGAAAAUGGGCAUCGACCUCACCGCCUCCCAGCUUCGGAUAUGCCAUGCACGGGGCCAUGGACAUCGACCAGAACGGCUACCCAGAUCUGGUGGUGGGUGUGUUUGGAGCUGACAAAGCUGUUCUUUACAGGGCUCGGCCGGUGAUCAGUGUGAACUCCACCCUGGAUAUAACUCCACAGAUCCUGAGUCUAGAGGAUAAAAGCUGCACUCUACCUGGAAGCAGCACCAUGGUGUCGUGUUUCAUGGUGAAAUAUUGUCUGAAGGCCAGCGGAAAAGGAGCACCAUCUAAUCUAAAGUUCCAGGUGGACCUGACUCUGGACCGUCUGAAGCAGAAGGGAGCCAUCAAGCGUGUGUUGUUUCUACACAACCGUCUGCCUCAGUACACCAAGUUCAUGAGUGUCACUAACGGAGGACCGGCAUCCUGUGAGGAGCUGCAGGCUUAUCUCAUAGAUGAAUCAGAGUUCAGGGAUAAAAUCACUCCCAUCUCCAUCUUCAUGGAGUUCAGUCUGGAUUACGCCAGUGCAGCAGAUAAAACGGGUCUGCAGCCCAUCCUGGACCAGUCCAACCCAGCUAACGUCACCAAACAGGCCCACAUACUGUUAGACUGUGGUGAGGAUAAUAUAUGUAAACCAGAUCUGAGACUGGCUGUUAUCAGUGAUCAGACACAGAUCUAUAUUGGAGAUGAUAAUCCUCUGACUCUGGAGGUGACAGCGGAGAACCGUGGUGAGGGAGCGUACGAGGCCGAGCUCAGCAUCAUCAUCCCACCUCAGGCUGACUUCAUAGGUGUGGUGAGAAACAGUAAGACAUUGUCUCGGCUCUCCUGUGCAUAUAAAAGAGAAAAUCAGACCAGAGUGGUGUGUGAUCUGGGAAACCCCAUGAAAGGAGGAACUAAGAUCAUGGCUGGUCUGCGCUUCAGUGUUCAUCAGAUGUCAGAGCAAGACACAUCAGUGAAGUUUGACCUACAGAUUCUCAGCUCUAAUCAGUAUAACAGCAGCAGUAACCUGGUUACCGUGGUAACAAAGUUGGCCGUGCUCGCUAAAGUGGAGAUCCGAGGUGCCUCUGCCCCAGAGCAGGUGUUUCUGCCCAUCGCUAAUUGGCAGCCCAAAGAGAACCCUGUGGUGGAGGACGACAUUGGACCACUAGUGCAGCACAUCUAUGAGUUGAGGAACAAAGGUCCGAGUGCGUUCUCGAAGGCCAUGCUGGACGUGGAGUGGCCAUAUCGCUACAACAAUGGCUCUCUGCUCUACAUCACCAAGUACAAGGUGGACGGAGCCAUGAACUGCAGCACUGACGUGGAGAUCAACCCCCUCAACGUCACGAACCCCAUGUACUGGAAUAAGAACACGAGCGUUCCCGGGGGAGGAGACCGGCCCGAGGGGCGUACACGGAGCCACGUACACCGGAGAGACCUGCAGGAGCAGAGGGCUGAGGAUGACAUGCUCACACUGGACUGUGAGAAAGCUCAGUGCCUGAGGAUUAAGUGUCAGGUUGGACGUUUGGAGCGAGGUCAGAGUGCAAUCCUCUUCAUCUACUCCAGACUGGCCGUGUCCACCUUCCUGCAGGCUGAUGUUCAGAACCACUCAUACGUGGUGAAGUCGUCAGCUGCGUUCAGCGUGAUUGAGAUGCCGUAUAAAAACCUGGAGUUUGAGUUGCCAGUAAACAGCACAUCAGCGAGUCUCAGCGUGGUGUGGGUGAACUCUGAGCUGACCCAGCCUGCCCCUAUCUGGGUGGUGGUGGUAGCCGUGUUAGCAGGACUGCUGCUGCUCGCCCUGCUAAUCUUCAUCAUGUACAAGCUGGGCUUCUUUAAGCGAGUACGCCCCCCACAGGAGGACGGGACAGAGAAGGAGCAGCUCCAGCCUCAGGAGAACGGAGACAAGAGCACUGAGACCUGAUACACACACACAGACUGAGUUCUGUGUGUGGGUGUGUGUGUGUGUGUGUGUGUGUGGGUGUGGGUGUGUGUGUGUGUGUGUGUGUUACUGGCUCGUUUCCUUCUUCUACUGCACUGACAUUAACACAUGCUGAUUUUGAGAGAUUGAGAUUGAUCAUGAGUCAUAUAUAUAAUGAGAAUGAAAAUGGAGUAGAGAAUUAAAGAGAAAUACAGAACAUUAACACGUAAAGCUAAACAUCUGCUGCUGCAGUGAUCUGUCUUUCUGUUGGGAUUUUAAUCUACUGUUAUUGCUUUCUUUUCUUUCUGUCCUUUGUGUUCCUGAUAAUCACUAGCGUUAUUACGGUAUUAAAUCACAGGGAGGAAGAGGAAGUAGUUCAGCAUCCAGCUAGUGAUGGUGAGUAAAGUGUCCAGUUCAGGAUGAACCACAGCGUAACAGUUUAAGACGUUAUCACGGUUAUUCCAGUGUAAAGUUUCUCUAGUGACCGCGUCCAUCCUGUUAGAUUAUAACCAACCUGGUCAGGUUUCCUGGAGGUCUUGUUUCUGAAAUGUUUACGGACCGUAACGUACAGGAAGCCACAGAAAGACGGUACAGACCUCCAGUGUUUCUCAAACGGUUGUCACGGUAACCGUUCGCAUGUAACAUGAACAUACUGGUGAGUGGCUAACGAGCGGCAUCGUUCAUUAAAGUUUUGGGAAUCUUAAAACUCUAAGGAUGUUGAGAGGAAUGUUAAGACUCGUGAAGAAGGACAAAGAAUUAAAGUGCAAUAUCUUCAAAAUGCCUGAGGAACAAAUAAACUCUGCAGCAGGAAAUCAGGAUGUUAAGGAUUUAGAGGUCUGCCCUGACCGUGCUCCCUGUGUAGGCACCCUACUCCACAGCAGGGUUUAGUCAACAUUUCUAUAACUGUUACAGAUUUUUAAACCAGCUUUAUUUUCUUUAACAUUUCAAUAAAUUUCCUGAAAAAUACACAGAUAUUGUCGGUCCUCCUGUGAAGAGUAUUAAACAAACAGAAUUAAAUAUUUUAAACUUUAAAACUCAUUAUACCUUACAGACACCCCACCCUGGUGCAUUAUGGGUACCCUGACCCCUGCAGUGGUAAUGGUUUCCCGUUUCCUCUCUGUCUGUAUUGCACCCGUGUGUAAACUGGUACAAAUCUAUUUUAUGUAAAAAUACGUUAGAGUUAAUUAUAUUUUCUGAAAACAGAUUUUUCUUACUCUAACAAAUUCGUUUAAACGCUCUGUCCAGCAUUAGUGAGAAUCUGCUGAAUGUCUGCUGAGUGACCUCGGUGUAGCAGUCCAGUUAAUGACCACUGUGUUUACUUCACCCUCCUGGACACGACUCUCCCGUGUUGGAGGUCAGACUCGCGGUUAAAGCUGUUCAUGAUCUUGACCUGAUGAAUUUAACCAUAUUGGGUCGCAUUUACGCUCCCAAUAGUUCAAUCUCCUCCUCCUCCUCCUCCUCCUCAUCCUUCAUCUCCUCUUCCUCCUCGAGUCUGUCAGGAUGUAUUUUCUCUCUAAGGUAACGUCAGUACAUGUAACUCUGCUCCUUCAUGUCCUUCACACAUCACUGAGGAGUUCAGCAGGUUUUUGUUUGUUUUUUCAGAGCGAGGUUUGGGUGAUUUUGUAACGCUUCCUUCAGUCUAAAGAGAAUAAAUAAAGGAUUAAAGUUGGA